UCUCUUUUGUGUCAAUAUAAAUCAAUGCUUGCAUCAGAGGAUAAAACUUAUGAAGUAGAUCCUAUAUUUGAACAAGAGUUUGAACGUGUUAAAGCCAGUGCCAAAGAAUAUGGAGCAAAGAAUAAUGAAUUCCGUGCAAGCAUUACUCGUUCAGUAUUAGACACCUAUAGAGGGCGUCGUUCUGUCUCAAGCUUUGUUCGUUUUGCAACUGCCAUGAUGAAGGAUGAAGACGGCUACUUUAAGCAAUACGAAUUAAACACUCUGACCAUGUUUGUCAAUACUUUGAAAUCAAUGGACAUUCAACUGGAAAUCAUUCGUGAACGCAAUUCAACUGAUCCACAGGACACGGAAGAAAUACGAACACGUACAGAAAUACUUACAGGAAUGAUUAACGGUCUGGUGGAAUCUCAAGCACUUACUACCAAUGACUGUAAAGUUCACUUUUCAAGUCAAUUGCUCAAGGACUGUAACAUAAUUCCAAACAAGGUCUUAUUCGAUCGUCGUCUCAUUCGUCUCAACACUGCUAUGUUAUACAAGCAACACAAGUUUAACUUGCUUAGAGAAGACAGUGAAGGUUAUGCAAGUCUUAUUAACGAACUAACUAUUUCCAGCAUCGACAAUCAACGGGAUACAAAAGGAAAGUUGACACCUACAUCCUUGUCAAAAGUACCCGAGUUCUUAAAGACCAUUUCUUCUCACAUUGGCGUGUUUCAUCUUGAUCCUAAUCGUGUCCUUGACAUCAUUUUGGAUUUUUAUAUAAAGCAAUUGACAGUCAAUUACACUUUUUGGACAGAGGUCAUCAAGCAAUCAGCUUGGAUUCAAAAACUCACCUUUAUUGAUGUGAAUGGUGAAGUGUCUACUGGACCAAGCGCUAUUUUGGCACAGUUGAUCGGAUUUAGAUUCUAUAACUUUCAUGUUGAAGAAUCAACGCCUGUUCCAAAGGAACUCUACCUUACUAUUGCUAUUAUGUUAAAGAAUGGAUUGAUUUCACUUGGUGAUAUUAUUCCUCAUUUAUCUCCUUUUGAAGAAGAAAUGAAAGCAGCCAGGGACGAAUAUAAUGUCAAGAUGAACAAAGAAAUCACAACCAAUUCUGGUGGCAAGCUAGCCAUGUACGGCGCUUUAGGAGAAGAUGGCAAUACACAAAAAGUAAAACGUGCAGCAGAAGAUAAUGGAGAAAAUGAUGUAGAAGCCAAAAAGAAGAAUACCUCCAACGAUGUUGUUGAGCUCACAAAGGCAUUGUUCUCUGUUGGCGAUUUAAAGAAUGCAGAAGUGAUGCUUUCAGUGUAUGAUAAGUUGAUCGACAUGCAUCCUCAGCUUGCAUAUGACAUCUACCGCAUCUGUCGUGUUGUUCUUCAGCCUGCUUAUGAAGCAUUUGUUCCUGAGAACAUAAAGCAGCUGUAUACACGCUUUAGCCAAUGUGCUGAACAAUCUCAACUUAAAUCAGCGUUUACAACACAUGAAGAUUAUAAUCCCAAAAUACCUUCACAAAUCAAAUUGAAACGUGUCUUGGUGAUUGAUGCUCUGCUUGAUGACACUCAGGAUCUGAGAAAGAUGGAGCGAUAUUCGUUUUUCUACAAGGAAUGGAAGGAUUCUUUAGAACUAUGUGAAUCCUAUGAACACUUGACAACACGGUUUAUGCCUCUUAUGCGUUUGGCUGGCUACAGAACAUAUUUGGCUACAGACCUUAUUCAGACAUUAAUAUUGAUCAUUGGCGGAUUGCUUGAUAGAGAAAGAGACUACCCUGGAUGCAGACUUCAUCUUACCAACAUGAUUCGUGAAUUCUUAUUGCCGGCUAUCUCCUUCAGCAAAGGUAACCCAGGCACCAUGGCCAGUGUUUGGGAAGUUCUGUGCCGUCUGUCAUUCCAGGAGAGAUACUGCCUUUAUGGAGAAUGGAGUAACGAAUUUUACAAAAAGAAUAUUGAGACAAAGCUGCUUAAAGCACGUGUAGAACGCGCAGCUAAAUCAAUGAUGCGUCGAGUGUCAAAGAACGACGUGCGUCGAUGUGGACGUGAUCUUGGUAAAUUAGCGCAUUCAAACCCAACGAUCGUGUUCAAUGUUGUUCUCGAUCAAGUUCAGUCCUUUGAUAAUUUGGCACCUAUCAUGGCAGACGCCUGCCGUUACCUUGGUGACUUUGCAUAUGACGUACUUGGCUUUAUCCUCACUGACAAAUGGACUGGUUCUCAAGGCGCUGGUAGAACGAAAAAGGAAAAGGAAAAAGAUGACGGUAUGCCAGCAAGCUGGUUACGUUCACUCGCUGUAUUUACUGGCAUGUUGUUCAAGAAACAAGAUAUUGAUUCGACUCCCUUUUUACGGUACAUGGCUUAUCGCUUACGUUAUGAUGAUUCAGUAGCCGAUUUGAUUCUCUUGAACGAGUUCAUAACCAAGAUGGGAGGUAUUGAAAUAUUAGCUAGUGCUUGUACAAAUGAUCAGAUUACUGCUGCUGGUUGCUCAGACUCGCUAAAAUCUGAAGCAUUCUUGCCUAUCUCUCCUGAUAAUCGACGUGCAUCUCGCCGUGUGUUGGGUCGUCUAAAAGAUUCUCUCCGUCGAAACAAUGUUGGGUUGGAAAUCUUGGUGCUUCUGUACCGUUUGGAAGAAGCCUGCAUGCACGAGCAAGCCGUUCCUGCAAGCGAUCGAUGUUCUAAGUUGGAUAAAGUACAUCAAACACAGCUGCAAUACCUUGAUUUGUUAACGACAUUGUUUGAGCCUGACGAAUAUGCUACUUUAGUUCCAAGUGUAGAAACUUUAGUGAAUGAAUAUGCGCUCCCCGUGCACAUAGCCAUGACAACUAACCGUACCAAGACACAGCAUGCCAUUCGACAAAAUAUGGACACUCCUGUUGUUGAAGGAGAAGUGUGGGCACCAUUUAAGCAAGUGAUCGAUGUCUUACCCUCAUUGCUCCAGAUUCCUGCUAUACCAUCCAUUUUUACCGCAGAAUUCUACUUUAUGUUCUGGCAACUCAGUCUAUACGACAUCUACUGUCCCAUUAACCAUUACGAAGCCGCUAUCAAACGACACACCGAUAUGAUUCGUCAAUGUCAAGAUGUACGGUCAUCUUUUUACCAGAACAACAGACCUUCUGUAGUCAGUAAAGCUGAAAGACAGGCACAGGCAUCUUUAGAUAUGCUUAAUGAAGAUCUUCCAAGACAUCAAUCACAUGUAGAAAAAGUAAUGACGAUCCUAAAAGAUUCACAGAAACGAUGGUUUCCAAGCUCGAUGCAACGACAGGCACUGAUAUCUAAUAUUCUUCAGCACUGUAUAUUGCCACGUAGCAAGAUGUCUGAAGUGGAUGCGGCCUUUUGUUAUGAAUUUGUUAUGCUUAUGCAUAGAAUCAACACAGUCAACUUCUCCAGCCUGACCUUAUUUGAUAAGGUUAUCUCGGAUAGUUUGUCAGCUAACUUUAUUGCCUUUUCUGAAUAUGAAACCACCAUCCACUCAAGAUUCAUCUUUAAGACUCUAUCCAAGAUGGGUAAAUGGCACAAGGACGAAAAGCUGUACCUGAAGGAUGCCCAUGGUGACGGGCUCAUUGGAUUCCAAAAGAACUGGAAUGUGGAUGCUUCUCAAGGAGUAGCAAAAGAAGAUUUGCUGAGCUUUACUGAAUUCCAGCGCGUACUCUACAGAUGGCAUUUUAGAUCAUGUAUGGCAAUUGAACAAGCACUUAAAUCUGGUGAAGCUCAUUUGAUAAAGAAUGCCUUUUUGGUGCUACGUCAAUUUGCCCCUUGCUUCCCUGGUGUUGUUGAUCAUGGAAACAGCAUUUUGAAGAUUGUUAAAAGGCUAUCUGAAGAAGAGAAGCGACCUAAUAUCAAGGUGCUGGCACGUAGCUAUAUCGGUCUGGUUACCAAGUACAAGAGCUCAUGGACUACGAAGAAUGCAUUCUUAGGACUCAAGGAGCCUAGUCCUCCAGCACAGCCAUCUACACCGGCAGACACAAAGACAACCAAGACAGAUUCAAGAACAUCAACACAAACGGAAAAUGAAAAAGAAGAGAAGCGACGUGAGGCAACUGAAUCAAGCACCAGAGUAUCUUCUGCAUCUAGACCUUCUAGUCCCUCUCGACGAACUGAAAAUGGCAAGGCAUCGGAUGAAACUGCAAAUUCAUCUUCAGAAAGGAAGCGAUCUCGAGAAUCAGAGCACACUCCUCGCGAUAGUGAAAAGAUGUCGAGAAUAGAUGAGUCUGGAGGACGUCAUCGAACGGCUUCAGGAUCUGCAAGGGAUUCUCCAAGGGAUGUAAAGGAUGAUAGAUCAAGUAGAACUCCUAGAGUAUCUGCGCCAUCUGCAACUGAUGAAGCUAGCUCUAGUAGACAUUAUGAUGAUAGAAACAGUAAUCGCGCCAAUGAGAGCAAUAGCCGACACCCAGACGAACGCCCUUCGAGUCGAUUAAAUGAAUCUCUUUCAAGCAGCCGGUACAACGAUGACCGCACAAGCAGUGGAAGAAUCAACACACCUUCAUCUUUGAACGAUCCUCGGUCGUCUUCAGCUAGAGGCUCCAAGAGAGUGUUGGAAGACAGAGAGCGUGAUAGAGGUGAACGUCCGGAUAAGCGAAGUACACUUAGGGACAUGAGAGAUGACCGUGGUCGUGAUGAUAGACGCGAUGACAGAUUACGAGAUACCCGAAGAGCAGACGAUAGAAGGCCAGAUGAAAGAAGAUUAGAUGAUAGAAGGCCAGAUGACAGAAGAGCAGAUGACAGAAGAAUUGACGACAGACGAAUGGAUGAUAGACGUAUGGACGAUAGGCGUAUGGAUGACAGAAGAUUCGAUGAGCGCAGACUACAUGAUAGACGCGAAAGAGAAAGAGAUCAUCGUAGCAGUAGAAGACGUUAAAUGUGUUUUAGUUUUUUUAAAAAAUCAACUAUUGUAAAUAAACGUUUGUUGCAUGAUAUGAUUGGAUAAGAAUCUUAUUGAUCCUAUUGGUCAACGUCAAAACUGCGGUGACGCAACUUUUUUUCUUUUUGGG